AUGGGUAGUCCUGAGGACCGCAAUCUAAGCGAAUUUUAUGCCCUGGGUAUAGAAGGAAGCGCCAAUAAGCUUGGCAUAGCUGUUGUGCGUGGAGACGGCGUGCUGCUGUCCAACAUACGCAAGACAUACUCACCUCCGGAUGGCGAAGGAUUCCUUCCGCGCCACGUCGCCCGGCACCACCGAGAGAACAUGGCAGCCACGUUAAAAGAGUCGCUGUCCACUGCCGGCAUCGACAUAUCGCAGAUUUCUUUGAUUUGUUACACCAGAGGACCUGGCAUGGGCUCAGCGCUCCACGUCGGCGCCGUUGCCGCAAAGACUGUACAUUUCCUGACAGGUGCGCCUAUUGUGCCGGUCAACCACUGCGUCGGUCAUGUGGAGAUGGGCCGGUUUCUGAGCGGCUACAAGUACCCCGUAGUGCUCUACGUAUCGGGAGGUAAUACUCAGGUGCUAUCCUUUGAUCGUCAGCGGCAAGUUUACGCGGUGCUGGGAGAAACCCUGGAUAUAGCUGCAGGAAACGUGCUCGACAGGCUGGCACGCCUGCUGGGGCUUCCGAAUAAACCGUCACCAGGCCUCUCCAUAGAGCUCACUGCGCGUUUACCCGGGGCGCGCAUGAUCCCGCUGCCUUUCGUCGUGAAGGGUAUGGAUUGUUCGCUAAGCGGACUAUUGACGCGGUGCGAACAGCUAAUUGAGCGACAGAAGGAUAUGUUGUCAACGGGUGCCUGCACGCAAGAGGACUUCAAGAAUUUCACACGAGACCUCUGCUUCAGCGUGCAAGAGCACAUGUUCGCCAUGCUAGUAGAAAUCACUGAACGAGCGAUGGCAUUUGUCGAGUCUAAGGAGCUGCUGGUUGUGGGUGGAGUGGGCUGUAACCUGCGUUUGCAGCAGAUGGCGUCGGCCAUGGCCGAAGAACGCGGGGCGAAACUCUUUCCGAUGGACGAGCGCUACUGCAUUGACAACGGCGCUAUGAUUGCGUUUACCGGCACCUCCGAUUACCUAUAUGGCCGCGGUAAAGGUGCGGUGCUCGCGCCUCAGGAUGUCACCGUAUGUCAACGCUACCGCACAGACCAGUGCCAGGCCUCAUGGAUAUAG